AUGUCGUCUCGGCCUUCCGCCAAAGUGCUUUCCGAGUCACCGCGCUCGUCGCCUCCGCCGAUUGGAGCAUCCACGGAUGCCAAUGGCACUAGCUCGGCAGCACCUUCAACGCGCAAAACCGUGACACGCCAGCGCUCUUCGUCAUCGCAAAAGGGUGCUGCUGUUCUGCGCGCGCUGUCAAGAGCCGAGUCGGACUUUGACCGCGAACAGCUCGAGAAAAGCUCGGAUGCCGACACUCGUCGUGAUCCAGUGGCAGCACCACCCAUGGCCGAAGCAUCCGGUACCAAUCUCAACGGCUCGGUCGUCGGAGACACCGCCGUCCGUCGCCGUCCUCAAGCAGCAGCAACCAAGAAGACUAGCUCCACUUUGUCUGCACCAAAAUCGUCUCGUUCCAACGGUCACGUAGCUCCGGCAAGCAGCAAGAGCUGGGAAAUUCCACGCAAGAUCUUUCACAGCUCCAUGGGCCUCCUCGUCCUCCAACUCUAUCUCUCUGACGUAGAAUACACCACCGUAGUGCGAAGGCUCUCCAUCUUCCUCGGCAUCGUUGUCACGGCCGACGUCAUUCGUCUCAACAACCACGACUUUGAACAGAUCUACGAGCGUGUGCUUGGAUUUCUCAUGCGCGAAUCGGAAAAGGACAAGGUCAACGGCGUCGUGUGGUAUCUCAUCGGCGUCAUCACCUCGCUUCACUUUUUCCCGGAAGACAUCGCGUGCGUCUCGGUCAUGAUCCUCUCGUGGUGCGAUACCGCGGCUUCAACCUUCGGACGGCUAUUUGGAAGGUACACACCUGCUCUGCCCAGUCCGCCGUUCGCCAGACGCAAGUCGACUGCUGGCUUUAUCGCUGCUAUCGUCAGCGGUGCGCUAACUACCUACCUGUUCUGGUGCACUUCGAUCGCUUCUCGCGGUGUUCGCGCCAAUGGCAUCUCGUGGUCAGGAUCUGGAUACGCGCACCCAGCCAUUUUUGGUACGGAUCGUGCAGCCGGUGCUACGGGUACGGGAUGGCAAGGGGUUUCCGCGGGAUUCCGGGGCCAGAGUGGAGCCGGCCUCCUGCCUGCAGCGUCUGGCGUUGCGGCUCAGUACCUCGGCGCCGACAGUGUGGCCAAAGGCAAACUCGGUACAGAUGCUUUGCCUGUCUACAACGACGUACCCGGUAUGCCCGUGUGGCUGCUGACGCUCGGUUCGGGCCUUGUAGCUGCCGUUGCAGAGGGCCUCGAGCUCGGCGGCGUUGACGACAACCUUUCGCUGCCUAUUCUUUCAGCUACAGGCAUCUGGACUUUGUUCUACUCGUGGGGAAGGUUAGCUGGUGCUUGGCAGAAGUGGUUCUCAUAA